AUGGCAGCUGACUCCACCAUGGGGUUUCACCAGGGGAUCACCGCCUCGCUGUACAACCAUCACAUGCUCUCGUUCCAGUCCAACAACGAUGUCGGCAUCGACGGCGGCGACGACGCUACCGGUGGCAUGGUCAUGGCCCCGGGGAGUGUGAGUGGGGGCAGUGGCAACGCCGGGCUGUUCCUCUCCCCAAACACAGGGGUCGUCGGCAACGCACCGGGGGUUGCCCCAUCAAGGAACUCGUCGGGGGAUGCGUUCCGUGGCACUGGGACGCCCAAGUAUAAGUAUGUCACUGGUUCUCCUUCCGAUUGGAGUGACUGUGAGGUAGACAUACUGAACGAAGGGCUUGUGAGGUUAAUUCAUUCCCCUAUUUGCUUCCUGAAUUGCUUUUGCCUGUACUGUACUUUUCUCUACUAUUGCACAUAUGGAACUUGGUUUGCUUUCUUUUCGCACCUUUAAUGUGUUCCAAGGUUGUGGAGCACCAAUUACGAACCUAAAGCAAUUAUUACGCAACC